CCGCGCGUACCUUUGCGUUCUGUGUGGCUGUGUGCGUACGUGUGUGAGUGUUCUUCGCGUCAUCGAGCAUCGGUGACGAUAGGUAAACAAUCGGCAGCAUAAAUAUUCUUCGCCACACGGUGAAAAAAUCACGUCCCAUCCUUGCAACCACUAUUGCGCAGCAGGUAGAUAAACUCCCGCACUAAAUCCGGGCCGCGAAAGGCGUACUGCAAGCGAAAAAAGGCAAACAACAACCACCAUCAUGGAAGGAGAUGCGCGCUUUGUGGUGGAUCGGUCGAGCGAUCUCGAGGAGCUAGCACCCGGUUUUCAGAAAGCGUACACGUUCAGCCUGCCGACGGUAACGCGCCAGAUGCUGUGGGACUACAUGCUGCACCUGAUGAAGGUGGUGUCCGGCAACGAUAGCCACCUGAAGGCACUCCAAUCGUGUGCGGAUAACAAUCCCGAGUAUGGUGACGAUUCCGUCGGAUGCGUACAGCUGCGGCGGGAAGAUUCGUACUGCACGGUGAGGGGCCAGAUACAUUCGAUCGGGCCGUGUGACGAUGGAGAAAACAUGGAAAUCAAAAUCUACACCCUGACGGUCACGAUAGACGAGGUGCACCAUAAGGUGGAAUCGGUCGCGUGCGAUGAUUGUGCGGAGCUUGGCUUCUGCCAGCACACGAUAAGCUUUCUGCUGUGGCUGCACACGCGUGACCAGCCCGGCACCCAUCAGGAUGUGGAGUGUUUCUUCCACACACCGCUCGCGACCGAGCUGGAGCAGCUGCCGGGCAAACCGACGCUCAACAAGACCAAAACCAAAAACUUUAUCCGCGAGGUGGUGCACGGACUGCAGACGGAGGAUAUCGACUGUCCGCUGCGGUGGAACUUUUCGUCCGCGAACAAAAAGUUUGCCAACCUGUCGAUUCACGAGCUGAUCAUCUGCGGCGUCAAGAACCGGUACACGGUGGCCCAGUUCUUCGAGCACGCGCAGGCGGUCGUGGCGUCGGCAUCGGGUGUGCUGGCUGAUAAGGUGAAAUUUCAGCCCCGAUUCCAUCCCUGGUUUCAGGAGCUACGGUACGGCCGUAUUACCGGUGCGAAGGUGUUCGAAUGCAUCCAGCCAGCCGUUUCGGCCGAACUGCUGCACGAGAAGAUACUGGGCUGCAACAAGGAGAUCGACAUGCAGAUGCAGCGCAAGAAGUUGGCCAUCCGGCAGCGGUUGGAAAAGUACACGAAGCGAACGUACGAAAGUCCGCGCAUAACGAUGAACGCCUCGUUUCCGAUCAUUUUCGACGUGCCGGACGGUAUCUGCCCACAGCACGUGGUGGAGAUCAAGUGUCCGCGGUCGCACGAAAACAUGAAAAAGUACGUGACGAGCGAUGGCAGCCUGCAGGAGAAGUACUACCUGGAGAUGCAGGUACACAUGCUGAUGUACGGGGCCACGUCCGGCGUGGUGUGUGUGGCCGAUCCGAACUUUGAGACGAACAACGAACUGUUUAUGCACUCGUUCAAUCUCAACAAACCGUUCGUGGUGAAGAAGCUGCAGAAAGCGCUCGAAUACUGGGAGACCAACGUGUUCCCGGAGCUGAUGGCCAGCUGGUCGGAGUAGGCGGGUGAAGAACGGGAUUCAGGAUUCGAUUGAAAAACUAGGAGAUUCUAGAAAACGAUAACCAACCGGCCACAGCAGCAAGCAGAAAGCAGCAACAAAUGGAGAAAAAAAAACAGAAAUAGUCGACAGGAAGCAUUGGUUCGAUUGUUUUGGUAGUAGUCUAUUUUUAAUCUUCCUUCUUUGACAAAAACAUUACACAUAAAAGAAACACACACACACACACAACUCGCUCAAACACACGCACGCGUACAUACAUACACACACACAGGCAAUAGCAUUUUAAGGACAAUAAAUGUAAGACUUUCAUUCUAUUGAACAUA